GACAAGGGGGGCCAGAAGAAGAAACUCAUGAACAUGCAGUCUGCCGAGGCCGACGACACCGCCGCGGGGGCGGCCGCGACGACCGGGCAGGACCACUGCCCGAUGCUGUGGAGAUUGAGAUACACGUUGCAUUUCGAGACUGCAGACACCGAGCAGGAGCUGAGGUGGGACCACGAUCGACUGGCCAGCAUUCUCACCGAAGGUGGCUCGGUGAACUGGAACGACGCAGUGAACGGCAAGUCGCAGAGUGGCGCCGAGCAGCUCAGACCGACGAUCCCUCAUAAUUCUGGCAGGCACUGGUCGCUGACGUACGUGCUGCUGCUCUUGAGGAGGUGCGAUCGCGAGAUUCGUCGAGAGCGCGCUCGGCUGGAUCGUGAGAACGUAGAUCGCAUGCUUCGAGAAGUUCAGCGUGCUGCCGACAUGGGUCAUUCCAGCACGGUGUGGAAAUUUGCUUAUCAAGUUGGUACCAAGUACCACGGAGUCCGCAGGCGACGCUUCAACACGUUGCCUCACUACUUGCCGACAAUCGAGGAGUGGACCGACACGAUGAAGGCAAACGCCAGGGAUGGCGGAUUCUCGGCUGUCGUCGUCCCUGACCCAGAGACCCCCGCAGAGUUCGCCCUCGAGCUGCGUGCGACAGAGGACCCUGAUGGCGAAUGGAAGCAGUUACGUGGACACCCCUCGUCGACGGCGUGCGUGGAUUGGACUGGGACUCUACUGGCUCUAGAAAGAUCAGCUCGGCUGAGGUUCGCGCCGGGCCAUUUCGCGCCAGACGAGAUAUGGCUUGCGCUCAUGAGAGCGGCGAGCGCGGAGCUGGCGAAAGGCAAUCAUAAAAGGGGGACCACGGCCAUGAUAUUGAUGCACUGCUUCUGCCCGUUCGGAAAGGCCUGGUACCGCGGCGUGUUCACCCGUCACCGGAAGCAGGAGCUGCCGUGCCACGCGCACGGUUACGCCAGGCGACGGGCUCGACAAGGGGCUCAGCUCGUCUCGCGCCUGCGCUCGUGGAGGCUCGAGAAGCUCAGGGUCUCGCACUUGCAGGUGCAGAAGGACAUGAGCAAUGCCUUCCCGUCCACGAGCCACGGGGCACUGGCAGAUGUAGCUGGUGAGAUCAUCCCCGACCUGCAGGAUCAGAAGUUCCUGCUCCAGCGUCACUCCGAGGCGGUGAUGGUGGUUCGCGUGGGAGAGGAGAAGGCGUACUUCGCCCCUCGGCGCGGCGCGGGCAUGGGCGACGGCAACGCGGGCGAGCUGUUUGUCAGGGCGUUCGUUCGCCCCCUCGAGGAUUGGAAUCGCACGCUCUUGCAGGAGAACCGAGACACGAUCGUGAUCAGUGAAGCCGAGGCCCCUCUGAUUGGGGCUGCCGCGCUCAUCGAUUGCCCCACCGCAGGGCAGCACAUCGACCUCUCCAUGAGGGACUAUGCCGACGAUGUUUCACACGCGCUGCCGAUUGCAGAUAACAAUCCGUUUCGUGCUGCUGCGCUUGCGCGUGCUUCUAAUAGCCUCCUCUCCAGCAAGCUCAGGGAGCAACGGGGUUUCGCUCAGAAUGCCGACAAGGAGGUGGUUCUCCCAGUCUUCGUGGGUCCUGGAGACGUCAUGCAGCUAGUGGACAACCGCUAUGGCCUGGCGCCCAGAGACGUCCAAGGGUUAGACCUCAGGCCACUGGAGUGGAUCCAGGCAACAUUCCCCGUGCUCGCGCGCCUCGCCCUCCGCCACGAGCACUCGAUCAACCACCUCGAGGCCGCCUCGUACAGGCAUGUGCAGAUGCCGAGCAAGCACGACGUGAUCAAGGCGAUGCAGCUGACGGCGAAGUUCUACGGCACCGAGGCAGCGAGGCUCCGCAAGGACAACGCGCAGGCGUUGGCCGCGGGGCAGAUAGUGCAGGCGCUUGAAGAUCUCGGCAUUCCUCAUCCUCGCGUCUUUCUGGCCCUGGUUGGGGCGCUCAUUGCGCAAGGAGACAAGAUCGGACAGCUCAACCUCCAGGCCCUGCAGUCGCACAUGGCCACGGUCAACCACGAGAAGCCCAGCGACGCGCUGCUGGCCCACAAGGCCCACCACUGCCGCAUGCAGACGACGCACGCGGGAGAGUUCGUGAAGUUGUGGCUCGAGGUCGACCCACCCGAGCUAGAGAACGCGGUGGUGGCCGCGCUGGCCCAGCUCGGCGGCAAGCACAAGCAUGGCAUCCCACCCAGGAGUCACGGAGCUCGAGUGAUACAGUCCGAGUUCGGGAUCGCAGAUGAGAAGGGCAGCGCCGAGGGCGCAGCCUACGAGGGCCACGAGGCACACUCCGUCGACGUCGGGCGCCCCCCGUACCUCAGCGGACCCCUCCUCUAUGACCUCGUCUAG